AGAGGGAGGGAGGAGACGGGAGGGAGGGGUGGAAAGGGGGACGGAGGAAAGAGAGAGCCAUUGGGGGACCAGGGGACGCUGGGAGACACCGGGAGAACUGGGGACACCACGGGACAUCAGGGGGACAAAGGGGACCAAGAGACACCAGGGGACACUGGGAGAUCUAGGGGGAACAAGGGGCACUGGGGGAACAAGGGGACCAAGAAACACCAGGGAGACCAGGGGACACCAGGGGAGGACACUGGGAGAUCUAGGGGGAACAAGGGGCACUGGGGGAACAAGGGGACCAAGAAACACCAGGGAGACCAGGGGACACCAGGGGAGGACACUGGGAGAUCUAGGGGGAACAAGGGGCACUGGGGGAACAAGGGGACCAAGAAACACCAGGGAGACCAGGGGACACCAGGGGAGGACACUGGGAGAUCUAGGGGGAACAAGGGGCACUGGGGGAACAAGGGGACCAAGAAACACCAGGGAGACCAGGGGACACCAGGGGAGGACACUGGGAGAUCUAGGGGGAACAAGGGGCACUGGGGGAACAAGGGGACCAAGAAACACCAGGGAGACCAGGGGACACCAGGGGAGGACACUGGGAGAUCUAGGGGGAACAAGGGGCACUGGGGGAACAAGGGGACCAAGAAACACCAGGGAGACCAGGGGACACCAGGGGAGGACACUGGGAGAUCUAGGGGGAACAAGGGGCACUGGGGGAACAAGGGGACCAAGAAACACCAGGGAGACCAGGGGACACCAGGGGAGGACACUGGGAGAUCUAGGGGGAACAAGGGGCACUGGGGGAACAAGGGGACCAAGAAACACCAGGGAGACCAGGGGACACCAGGGGAGGACACUGGGAGAUCUAGGGGGAACAAGGGGCACUGGGGGAACAAGGGGACCAAGAAACACCAGGGAGACCAGGGGACACCAGGGGAGGACACUGGGAGAUCUAGGGGGAACAAGGGGCACUGGGGGAACAAGGGGACCAAGAAACACCAGGGAGACCAGGGGACACCAGGGGAGGACACUGGGAGAUCUAGGGGGAACAAGGGGCACUGGGGGAACAAGGGGACCAAGAAACACCAGGGAGACCAGGGGACACCAGGGGAGGACACUGGGAGAUCUAGGGGGAACAAGGGGCACUGGGGGAACAAGGGGACCAAGAAACACCAGGGAGACCAGGGGACACCAGGGGAGGACACUGGGAGAUCUAGGGGGAACAAGGGGCACUGGGGGAACAAGGGGACCAAGAAACACCAGGGAGACCAGGGGACACCAGGGGAGGACACUGGGAGAUCUAGGGGGAACAAGGGGCACUGGGGGAACAAGGGGACCAAGAAACACCAGGGAGACCAGGGGACACCAGGGGAGGACACUGGGAGAUCUAGGGGGAACAAGGGGCACUGGGGGAACAAGGGGACCAAGAAACACCAGGGAGACCAGGGGACACCAGGGGAGGACACUGGGAGAUCUAGGGGGAACAAGGGGCACUGGGGGAACAAGGGGACCAAGAAACACCAGGGAGACCAGGGGACACCAGGGGAGGACACUGGGAGAUCUAGGGGGAACAAGGGGCACUGGGGGAACAAGGGGACCAAGAAACACCAGGGAGACCAGGGGACACCAGGGGAGGACACUGGGAGAUCUAGGGGGAACAAGGGGCACUGGGGGAACAAGGGGACCAAGAAACACCAGGGAGACCAGGGGACACCAGGGGAGGACACUGGGAGAUCUAGGGGGAACAAGGGGCACUGGGGGAACAAGGGGACCAAGAAACACCAGGGAGACCAGGGGACACCAGGGGAGGACACUGGGAGAUCUAGGGGGAACAAGGGGCACUGGGGGAACAAGGGGACCAAGAAACACCAGGGAGACCAGGGGACACCAGGGGAGGACACUGGGAGAUCUAGGGGGAACAAGGGGCACUGGGGGAACAAGGGGACCAAGAAACACCAGGGAGACCAGGGGACACCAGGGGAGGACACUGGGAGAUCUAGGGGGAACAAGGGGCACUGGGGGAACAAGGGGACCAAGAAACACCAGGGAGACCAGGGGACACCAGGGGAGGACACUGGGAGAUCUAGGGGGAACAAGGGGCACUGGGGGAACUCUCCCCGGGGGAGGGGGAAGCAGGAGCCCAGGAUGCCUGGGGCAUGUGCAAAGGUUUGUGCGAGCACUCGUGCGAGGGUGUGA